AUGGAUAUGGAGAUCGAUUCGCAGCUCGUACAAGAGGAUUCAAAGCAGACGUUCGGGAUCGAAGUUUGUGGUGGUGGGCAUUUUCAUAUUACUGACGUUCUUGGACAAUGCGGAUGUGGACAGUGCACGAGUGUCCAGUUUAGAAGAAGAAAGACUGGAGUGAUCUUGGAAGACGAAAAUGAUCCAAGCACGACUCACGAAGUGGGAACCCAGGAAAGUCCCGUGACUGUGGGAACCCAGGAAAGUCCCGUGACUGAAUGGGAGAGAGCAGAUUUGCAGGAAACACAGUCAACAAGCGACGACAAAUAG